AUGGGCGACACCGAGGAUGGAUUGCUGAGCCGCCGGCGCUUCCACAGCGCCGAUGAGGAGAGGGACUUGUCACCUGGCCUGAUUGUGCGGCUCAAAUAUGCCAUGUACUUGUUUGUUGCACUUCUACUUUCUAUGAUGGUGCGCGGGCUGAUGAGCUCCUUGUUCGACAAGAUACCGUGGCUCGAAAAGGGGUGUGCCAUGAGCAGCAAAGGAGGCGUGAUUCAAGCCGCGUGCGGUGCGGAAAUGCUCGUCUACCGCGUGAGCUUCGCUCUCACCGUCUUCUUCGGCAUUCAUUGGCUUUCCGUGUCUGACCUGACGUGUUGCAUCCGCAGCAGUGACCGUGUCGAACUUCAGCGCAGCUUCUUCACCAUCAAGACGGUGCUGCUGGUGCUCCUUUUCAUCACGACGCUCUUCGUUCCUAACGGCUUCUUUUCCGUGUACGCCCACCUGUGUCUCGUCUGCUCUGGCUUGUACCUCUUGAUGAACGUCAUCUUCCUCGUGGACUUUGCGUACCAGUGGAGCGACGACUGGAGCAACCGCGCAGAUGACAACCCCAAGUGGAUGUGGUACCUCCUCGCCAUCGCCAUAGGCAGUUUUACUCUUGCCAUUGCCGUCAUUGUUGCGUCGUUUGUGAUCUACGUUCCGCACUCGAACUGCAACUACAAUGCAUGCGCCAUCACGAGCGUCGUCGUGGGCGCGUUCAUUUAUUUAAUCCUCUCCAUUUACGUUCCGCACGGCUCCAUCGUCCCGAGCAGCAUCGUCUUCCUUUACACUAGCUUCAUCCUCUUCUUCACGCUGCGUACGACGGACAAUGAGCACUGCAACCGCAUGGCCACGCACUCGAGCAGCACCACCUACUCGAUUGUGCAGACCAUCUCCACGAUGGUGCUCACCUGCUUCACGCUGCUCUACAGCGUUGUGGCUGCUGGCGGUAGUGGCACGUCCCUUCAAAUUGGCCAGGAUGACGACGGCUUGGCCGAGGACCCCGAGGAAACUGGCCACUUGUCGCAUUACAUGUUUUUCUACACCAUCAUGAUCUUCGGCUCAAUGUACCUGGCGAUGCUCGGCAGCUCCUGGCACGUCAGUGGCGCUGGUGAGGAUGGCUUGUCGAAGAGCAUUAACCUUGCCUUCUGGGUGCGCCUGACGACAGUCUGGGCAGCAGUGUUGCUGUAUAUUUGGUCUCUGGUGGCGCCAUACACGUGCUGCAAGGGUCGCGACUUUGGCUUUGCGGUUGAGGAAGAUUGGGUGUGA